UAAGUUGCGAUGUAAUCUUUUAGAAAUAUUUGUACACAUUCCUGUAUGAUUAAUUUGUCGUAUGCCCUUUAUAUGGUCCAGUCUCGCCCAGUGACACGCUGUCUGCUCGUGCUUAGUAUUCGUUCUUUCUUUGCCGCCGGGUAUAAUUUACUCGAUUCAUUGAACUUCAAAGCUUCCAAAUAUGCAUACGUCUUCACUUCGGUUAAUUACACCCAAAACUUUGCUAAAACAAACCGAUGACUCAAAGCACGUGUUGUUUAAUUAUUCCGGUUAUUCACGGUUUAAAGCAAACACGUCCGAUACGGGAGAAUUUGUAUUGCCUUUCUCUUCCUCCCCCCGUUCCUCCGCUUUAGGAUGCAAUUUUCAAAAUUUCCACUAUCAUAUUUGUUCGCCCUUCCGCGCAAACACACCCUGCCAAAUAAAUACGAGUGCACCUUUCCGUAUCACUGAUCGCGACCGGCGCGACAUUUGUUGACAGAACUGCCCGAACUGAAACAGUGCCCUCGACUACCUUGUUACACAUACCCAUCACCCCCUUUUACCCUCCGUUGGGCUUCCGUGUGCAGUGUACGUACGCAUGAACUGGCUCUAUAAAUGGUCCUGAUAAGCUAGAAAAGGCAGGGGGUGGUGGAUCUCUGACCGGUAGAGGCAAUCCCCCGCUGCCUCUCUCUUUCUCUCUUUCCCUUCAAAUGCCAUAAAAACACACUAACCCGCGACACAGACGGAGGAUGCGGUCCGAAUACGUUGAUCCAUGCGCAAACAUGUUGUUUGCCUCCUUUGCUCAAGGCGCCCAACACACCAACACACAGCAGCAGCAGCCGUGUGGUGCGUGAUCACGGCCAACCCCAACACGGCGCGAUCGGAUUGUCCGGUGGCAGUACGUGUUUGGCACCGUUUGCGAGCAGAUCGUUGCGCAGCAUUUGCGCGAAACGUUCCUUGCGUGUGAAUUUCGUGGCGUAGAAGGCAAAGUGUGUUUGUGUGUGGCACAACCAUGUUUGAAGUGAUAUUUUUGGAAAGAAUGGAAAUUGAGCAUCUGUUGCGAUACCUGGACACGGACAGGGAAGGCAAAAACGGGGAGGAACGAACGUCACAGUUGCAUCGAAUCCGAUCGCGACACAUAAUUCGAUCCCGGGUACGCUACUGGCUGAACGAUAUCGUCGAUGAAAUGCGAAAGAAAAGCCCGGCCUCGGUACAGAAAUGGGUCGAUUCGAUACAGAUACCGUCCGGUACCGGUGCGGGAGAGCAAUCGGUCGGCUCUGAUGCACAGAUCACCACAGGACAGGACAAUGAUCCGUCGGCGUACGUGUCCAACUACACCCGGUCGGAUCAGCUAGCGGCGGGAACGGCGCCACAAACAGAAGGACACGAUCGGCCUGACCGCGGCUGGACGGGUGCCACCGAAACCGGUGAACCGCUCGAAACGGACAGCGAAGAAGAGCGGCAAGUAUUCGCGUACGAUCAUCAGCAGCAGCACAGCGACCAACCGGAACGCGUACUUAUCGAUAGCGACCUGAACAAGCACAGCAGUACAAGCAGCACCACUAACCAUGGCCUUCCUUCGGAGCCACCGAUCAGUUCUCUUGCCACCAGCACACCGAAAGCGAUUAAGCCGGACGAGGGUGCGAAACAGAUGCCAGUAAGCGAAGGAGCAGCACCGUCCGGGCUGUCGAUUCGGAACUUUUUGUCGAAAAAAUCGCUGCUCGGAAAGUUCAAUCGAUCCGGAUCGAAUCUCGAGCAGAGUCCGCCGACGACCACGACAGCAGGGGAAAGUGUGGCUGAUAUGGGCAAUCCGGAACACGUCGAGCAUGGUCGGCACGGUACGGAGAAGGGAGAAGUCACGGCCGCGCCUUCACCCUUCGUGGUGGGAAAGAGCAAAAUAAACGAGUUCUAUGACAAGCUGAACAUGAACAAAGCCAAGUACGGUUUGAUGAAGGCGAAAAAUCUGGACAUUCGCAACAUGCUGAGCGGCGGGAGUCGGGAAAGCGCCGACCCUCGAAAGGCACACGAGGCACAGCCCGUCCAGUCGGGUGCGGAUGAACCAACCCCCGUUGAGAGUGGCUUCGAGGGUGAGCUGGAACCGCCGGCGAGUGAAUCGGAGCACGAGCGAUCUGUAUCGCCGCAGCAUCACGAACCGCUAGAGGUCAGCGUCGUCGAUGUGGAUCCGACCGAUCCGUACGAGUUUUCCUUCGACGAAUCGUUCCCCAAGUCGGACGAGCUCAUCCCGGGCAUGAUCAGCGAGGAGGACGAGGAGGAGAAGGAAAACAUACUCGACGGUGCGUCCGUCCUGCCGGGCUACGGGUACGAUGCGUACCUGAACCCGCCGAAACCGAAGACGCACCGCAUGGGCAUUGGGCGGAUCGGGCGCAGCUCGAGUGAAAAUCCACGCGCCACUGCCCGGCGCUACAAUCUGAUGGAGAUUGGGCGCAGCUUCAGCGAGAUGAACGACGAUGACGAUUCGUUCGCGAUCAGCGAGUGCAACAACAGCUGCCCGAAUCCGUCCUCGCUCAACACGAGCUCAAGCAUUAACGAGCAUGGAAGCGUCAGCAAUCUCACCCGCUCCGUGCCGGUCAGUCCGAUACCGCGCACGUCGAGCAAGCUCAGCAUUCAGCAGGACCACCCGUCGCAACACCAGCUCCACCAGCAGCAGCAGCAACCGCUGCACCAGCAGCAAUCGUCCCCGAGACGGCGCAGCACGAUGCUGGUGAAGGACAGCUCGCUGCAGUCCGACUCGAGCCGAUGCUCCAGCGUGGAGAGUUUGCUGAACGCGCGCAAACCGGACCCGGAGAAGAUACUGGUCAAUCUGGGCUUUGGGCCCGCACCGCACAGUACGGACGUGUUGGCGAAAAUACCCAAACGGUUUUUAAAACCCUCCCAAGUGCGUGGCGUCGAUACGGAAGCGUUCCUGCGCCAGCAGCAGCUGUCGAUGCACAUCCACGAGAACAGCGUGCUCGGAUAUCGGGGGCUUGUAGUGACGGACCACGAUCGGGUGGUGACGUGCUACAUCUCCACCUGGGCCGUUUACCGUACCGGCAGCGCGUCCUACCCCCUCGACGCCUUCGACCCCACCCUCUGUACGCAUGCCAUCUACGCGUUUGCCGGACUGGAUGAGGAGAAGAAUACCAUCAAAUCGCUGGAUGCCUGGCAGGACCUGAAAGACAACUACGGCAAGGGUGGGUACGAGAAGCUGACCGGGAUGCGGGCCGCACAUCCCCAUCUGAAGGUGCUGCUCGCCAUCGGUGGCUGGAACGAGGGCUCGGAGAAGUACUCCAACCUGGCGGCGAACCCGGAACGGCGCCAAGCGUUCGUGAAGAAUGCACUCGACUUUGUCAAACAGUACGGGUUCGAUGGGCUUGACUUGGACUGGGAGUAUCCGACGCAGCGCGGCGGCAAACCGGCCGAUCGGGAAAACUUUGUCGCGCUCGUGCGCGAACUGAGCCAGCUGUUCCGCAAGCACAACCUACUGCUAACGUCCGCGUUCGGUGCGGGCAAGGACACGAUCGAUUCGGCGUACGACGUGAAGGCGCUCUCCAAAUACCUGGACUUUCUGCACAUCAUGUGCUAUGACUACAAGGGCAGCUGGGACGGACGGAUCGGGCCGAACGCACCACUAACUAGCCGCGACUUCCUGAACGUGGAGUACUCGAUCGAGCAUCUGCUCGAGCUGGGCGCACCGGCCAGCAAGCUCGUGCUGGGGCUCCCGUUCUACGGCCGCACCUUCGUCAGCCCGAUGGCGAAGGCUCGGUUGGGCGACACGUCCGACAAGGUCGGGUUUGCGGGGCCCUCCACCAAAGAGAACGGGUUCAUGGGCUACAACGAGGUGUGCGAGGAGCUGAAGCGCAACCCGGACGACUGGACGCUCGAGUGGGACGCGGCCGCCUCCGAGAUGGUGGCGAUCAAAUCGAACGGCACUGCCUCGCAGGUGGUCGUGUACGAUAGUACGCGCUCGAUCGCGAACAAGGUGCGAUUUGCGGUGCGGCAAAAGCUGGCCGGCCUGAUGGUGUGGUCGGUCGAUACGGACGACUUCAAUGGGCUGUGCGCACCGGAAGCAGACACGUACAAAGACUUUGGCGGAGCGGGGCUGACGAUACCGCCGCCUGUUAGUGGCAAGUACCCGCUGCUGAAGACGAUCAGCAACGCCGUGCUGGUGGCGACCGACGAGCAGACGCAGGAGAACGUCAUCCCGAACGGGCCGGAAGAGGUGCCGUCGGCCGGCGGUACGUCGACUGGACCGUCGGGAGCCGCAUCGGUUGCCGGGGCUAGUUGGCUGCUGUCGGUGGUACUCCUCGUUGUCACCGUGACCGUCACUGUGCGAACGCUGUAAAGUAGUGCGUAAUCAAAAUUCUGUAAGUUUACCUGUGUUAAUUAAACUCCCAAUCGAAAUGUUGCCAAAACAUUAUUUCGCCUUACCAAG